AUGGCAAGGCAAGGCAAAGACAAGUCAGCGGUUACGAUUAAAGGCAAAGCCAAAGCCAUGACAAGUCGGCAGGCCCCUAUUUUUUCUUCUCCAAUUGGUCCAGAGUCUGUUUCGGUCCCAAUCGUGGAGGUUGCUGAAGAGGGAGGAGAAGUUCCUUCUGCGGAGGUCGCCGAUGAGCAGUUACUUCAGGAAGGAAAACAGCAGCAUGAAGAUCCUCAAGUAGAGGGAUGUGGCAUGGCCAACGUAGCUGAUCCUAAUUCUGAGCAAGCAGAAGCUGUGUUCGCCCUUGUUCUUGAAGAAACAUUGCCAGAAGAGACACUGCCUGAAGAAGCUGUUCCUCCUUCAGAGCCAGUUUGUACAAAUGAGGGAUAUCAUUAUCCUGCCCCAAAGGCCGACGCAAUGCCAAUGAAUGAAGAUGAUGCCCCUCAGUCUCAGGAAGCUGAGCCCAAAACACCAGUACCAAAUCCUGCUUCAGAACCUUCAGCUGGUCUUGUGGAUGAAAAGGGUUCUGGCACCUCUCGAUCUAAGAGCUUUGAUAGUGCCUUCAUAUCUAAGGCGAUGACAAAAAUGUUGCUGGAACAGUGGCUGGCGCUUUCUUUGGAAGAAAAAGUAGCUGAGGAGCAGAGUGUCAGGGUUUUUGAGGCCCUGGAUUCUCUUCAUCGGGCGCAUUUGGAUUUUGCGGCAUCUUUUGAAAGUGCCAAAGCAUAUCUAGGAGCUUUGGUUAACAAAUUUAAAUAUAGUGAUUCUUCUUCUCAAAAUCGAAAGACCUACCAAAAUUAG